ACGACGGCCUGUCAGCCUGCUUACGUUAUCCAGACAACAGAAAUGGCCAUUCCUUUCUCCAUAGCUUUAGCUCCUCUCUAUUCCGGUGCUGAUCAUUCUUCUCUCACUGCAAAGCUCUCUUCAAGAAUAAUCCUGCCCGCUUCACCUAAACUCCACAGUGGAAGUACUUCCACCUUCCAUUGCUGGUCCGAAAGCCUUAAAGAACAAGUGCCACAGUAUUGGAAAUGGAGGACACGUGUCUCUUUCUCUUUCUUGAGCAGAAGCCAAGACGUCGAGAGCUUGAAAGAUGAACUUCUUGAGGCUAUUGCCCCUCUCGAUCGAGGCGCCAAUGCCACUCCUGAAGACCAAAAGCUUGUUGAUCAGAUUGCACGAAAACUCGAGGCAGUUAACAAAGUGAAGGAGCCACUCAAGUCCAGCUUGUUGAAUGGACAAUGGGAGCUUUUAUACACAACAUCUGAAUCUAUUUUGCAAACCCGGAGGCCCAAAGUUUUUAGACCGAAUGGAAAAAUCUACCAGGCAAUUAAUGUGGAUACACUGAGGGCUCAGAAUAUGGAAACUUGGCCCUUUUUCAAUCAGGCCACCGCCAAUUUAGUUCCUAUCAAUGCAAAGAGAGUUGCUGUUAAGUUUGAUUCUUUCAAGAUAGCUGGUGUGAUACCCAUAAAUGCACGAGGGAGUGGCCGUGGCCAAAUAGAAAUCACAUAUCUUGAUGAAGAUCUACGGAUAACAAGGGGUAACCAAGGAAAUCUAUUCAUUCUGAGAAUGGUCGAUCCGUCCUAUAGAGUUCCCAUUUAGAAUAGCUUGCAGAUGUGGUUAUUCCUCACAACUCAUUUGGUUAUGAAACAAUCUCAGAAAGGAAUCAGCGCCUUGAAGCUAUAGAGUGAUGCAGAGACCGCAGAUGCAUAUGAUAUGAGCUUGCUUGUAUGUACUCUUACAUCGGGAUACCUCAUUAGCAAACUUAGGAAAAAUGGUGAUGGAUAGCAUGAACAAUUGGAGCGCUGCUAUAUUCUGUAUCUUAGUCUGCACUGCUCUGUUACUAGAAUCUGAAAAUUGUUAUGCUAUAAAAUAGGAAAAAACGUAUAUAAACAUAUUGUCUGUCUUUGUUCUCUGAUUCAACAAAAUGUUACAAACUCCGAAAGCUCCUCCUCUCUUUGGCGCUGGCACCUUUGUUCAUGGCAAAAAAAGGCCAAGGCAAUAGUGCAAAACCAAGGCGACACUCAAAGGCCCAGGAAGCAAGCUCCCUUAAUGGGCCUUUCCCCUAAAAGAAUUGAGUUAAUAUCGUGUGAGCCAUUGGCCCACGUAUCAGAUAUUAAACUGAUAAGAA